AUGGUUCGAAGUUUGCAAUUUCAUUGGGUGAAGCUGUUGAAGGAGGAAUUCGGAUACGAUGAUGCAUUCAACUAUAACAAAGAGACUGAUUUUGAUGCUGCUUUAAGCAAGUAUUUCCCAAAUGGCAUCGAUAUUUACUUUGAAAAUGUUGGUGGUAAGAUGCUAGAGGCCGUCCUCAACCAUGUUAACAAGGGUGCUCGAAUUCCACUCUGUGGCAUGAUCUCUCAAUACAACAAGAUAUGGACAGAGAGAGAAGGGGUGAGGAAUCUACUCAACAUGGUCGGCAAAGAAGUGAGGAUGGAAGGCUUUUUGGUGGGUUCAUACUUGGAUCGAUUUGGGGACUUUAUGAAGGAGAUGGAAGGUUACCUUAAAGAAGGAAAGAUUAAUUCCAAAUACAAAAUUUACAAUGGGAUUGAGAGCUUCUUGGAGAGUUUUGCAUCCAUCUUCUCUAGCUCCAAUAUUGGAAAAGUCGUCAUCCAAGUUAGGCCGUAAAAUUGACAGAUACAGAUUUUUGUCUCCAAAUUUCUUUGUCUUAAUACAUUCUCAGUGUUAGAAGUAUGUUGUGAAAAUCUAAAGAUAUCGAAAUCUCAUAACAUGAACCUAUAGCUGAGAUUGUAUUAGGAGGGAUAAAGAGAAUUUUGGAACAAAAGAUUUGUACCAAAUUGAAGCGUGUCCAAUCUUAUAUUUCAGGAUUUUGAGGUAAUAAUGGGCUUCUAUGAAACCGCUAUUUACUUGAUGGAAUAAUGAGAAGCCUACUUGUGUGUUUUUUUCCUAAAUUGGGUGCGGCCUUUUUAACCAAUUUAAUGUUUUAUGUUUUGGUACUUUGUUUGCCUUUACAAUAAUGUAAGUUCAUGUACUAGUAUUUGAGUGAGAGAAUUAUUAGUGUGGUGUAAUUAAGUUGGAGAUAUAAGAUAAAUUGUAUUAUUUAUGCA